GGCGCCCGGCGCCCGCAGAGGAACGACGCGCGCCUUGGGUUUAACAUGGCGGGGUCUGUCAGCUCCGCGGUCCGCAGUGCGCCGGGUUGUGCUGACCGGGAGGACGCGGACUCUCCAGAGAUGGAGGAGGUGACGGAGCCGGCGGGAGACGACGCGGAGCUGCUGGAGGGCCAGGUGCAGCUUGGGGUCCCGGAGGAGGAGAACGCGAACCUGGUGGCCGAGGCCGAGGCCGUGGCUGCCGGCUGGAUGCUCGACUUCCUCUGCCUGUCUCUGUGCCGAGCCUUCCGCGACGGCCGCUCCGAGGACUUCCGCCGGACUCGGGACAGCGCGGAAGCUAUUAUUCAUGGACUACCCAGGCUUACAGCUUACCAAUUGAGAACUGUGUAUAUAUGUCAGUUUUUGACAAGAAUUGCAGCGGGAAAAUCUCUUGAUGCACAGUUUGAAAGUGAUGAGCGUCUUACACCCUUGGAAUCAGCCCUGAUGAUUUGGGAUUCAAUUGAAAAGGAACGUGACAAACUUCAUGAAGAAAUACAGAAUUUAAUUAAAAUUCAGGCUGUGGCUGUUUGUAUGGAGAGUGGCAGCUUUAAGGAAGCAGAAGAAGUGUUCGAAAGAAUAUUUGGUGAUCCAGAAUCUCACACGUCUUUAGAAAGGAAAUUACUCAGGAUAAUCUCUCAGAAAGAUGCAUUCCACUCCUUUUUUCAACACUUCAGCUAUAACUGCAUGAUGGAGAAAGUUAAGAGUUAUGUGGAUUGUGUGCUAAAUGAAAAAUCAUCAACUUUUCUAAUAAAGGCAGCAACAAAAGUAGUGGAAAAUGAGAGAGCAAGGGCAGUCGCUUCUGAGGAUGAGCCCAGCGCUGCUCACACUGAAACAGAGGCCGAAGUGGAUUUGAAUAACGGAGAAAGUGUUAAUGGCCAACAGUCUACAGAAACUGAAUCUUUAGUGGAUACAGUAUCCAUAAUAAGGUCUCACAAGAACGUCAUAUCUAAAUUGAAACAUGAAAGCAGUCAACCAGAUUUUAAUAAGAAAGAAGCGAGAAGGGGGAAUCUUCAAAGUGAAAUAAUGACAGAAGAAAAUAGAAGAACCAUUAGAAGCAAUAGAUUAUGUAGUUCAAAGAAUCAGCCAGACAUUAAUGAAAAACACAAGCGUAAGAAAAAACAGGCGUGGCUUUGGGAAGAGGACAGAUUUUUGAAGUGUGGUGUAAGGAAAUAUGGAGAGGGAAAUUGGGCUAAAAUACUAUCACAUUAUAACUUCAACAACCGAACAAGUGUCAUGUUAAAAGACAGGUGGAGAACGAUGAAGAAACUAAAGCUGAUUAGCUGAGACCCUGAAGGCUGAAUGGGUUUGUUUCCACUUAACACAGGACAGUUAAUACUUGAAGCACUACAUUUUAUUUAAAACUUUCUGGUGACUGAUGUAGCUGCACUUUUUUGUUGAAAGCAUUAUUUUUUUGUGAUAAUCUUGUUACAUAUUGGUACUGUAAAAGUAAAAUUAUAUGCCAUCAUUUUUUUCUUCAAGAAUCUUUAUUUUUGUAAAAUAUAGAUAUGUUGAACCCUAUCAUAUUCAGUACCCCUUCCCGCAUCCUGUUUUAAUACAUAAGAUAAAAAGUAUUUACUUACAGCUCUUUCUGUUUGCUCUAUUCCAUGUCUGUAGACUUACAGAAUGCCACAUAGAAAUUGAUAUUCUCAAGAAUUGAAGGAUACUCCUUUGUGAUUUUGUUGCUUGAGUUAUGGCUAAUGUACUACUUACUGAAGAUUUUAUUGCUAUUGUGAUAAAUGUUCAGAACAAUCCAAAGUUCUGACAAGCUUGAUUUCUCUCAGUAGUUUCAUUUAAAGGAAGUUGGGUUUUCACCAACAAUUUAUCCUUUAGAAUAUUUAGUUAAAGAGUAAUAAUUAGCAUUUUGAGUUUUAUGUGCUGUAUUUAGCUAGUGAAUAAAAAUCUCAACCUAUUGAAAUAUUUACAUUAGAAACAGGGUAUUGUGUAAUGUCUCUAAUUUUCUAUCGAAGUGUCAUGUUUUAUUUUCGUGUUGUUCUUGAUUUGAUGUUAUCCUAUUUAUCUAAUAAACAGAAACAUUACUAA